AUUUUCCUCAAUCCAAAUCCAAAUCCAAAUUGUAUGAAGGAUGGCGCGAAAAUCGCAGAGAAGCAAGGAGAAGUUUUUCAUCUUCAUGUUGGACAUAAUCCGAAGCAUUUUGAUCCGAAAACAUCGCUCUACCUCUACAAUGGAUCGUAUCUUCACACCACCACCAACAUCCAUUCCUUCCAUUUCUCUCUCGCCACUUCCGAUUUUCCGAUCUAAUUCUGAAAUGGCUAUCUGGCAGCUUAACGGUUUCCAUCCGCCCAACAUUUCUUCUCCGCGACUAAAUCCUCCAGGUAUAAAAGCUCAGAACCUUGUGAUUGAAUUCGGAUGUAGAUAAAUUGACUAGGGAGAGUAGAGAGUUAUAAUCGUAUCGUUUUGUGUAACAAAAUGAGUAAGCAAGUCCAGCACCAAGACCCUCCUCCGGGAUGCAUGUGGAGCAUGAUUAAUGUGCUACACCAUCAACGAUGGUUUCAUGUCAGGAAAAUGCUUCCCCGAAGAAGAAGGCAUACUGGUAGAAGAACUUCUACAGGGCCUGAUGUUGCUGCAAAUACUACAGAAAACACAUCUAACUGUGAGCUACAAGAAGAUGCUAAAGAGAAUUUGUCUGUUGAAAAAGUGAAGUCAAGGUCCCUCAGUCCAGAAACAAAAAGCUCUGUAAGGAAGCUAAGAACUUUAAUUUAUGACGACAUGUUAAAGAAAAAGGAGGGUCAACAUGAUAGACCGUCUCCCUGUCCACUCACAACACAGCUAAAUCGAACUGUUUCUAAUAAUCAUCUAGAAGCUUCUGACAUAGCUCCCGUUACAGAAAAACUCCAGGACAUUCCACGCCCGAAAAUUGUCAAACAAGAUCAGAAGUUCAAUACUGUCGAUGAAGAGGAAAUAGUGAAAGAAGGAAAGUUGGUUUUACCGGAGAAGUCAAAAGUGAAAGAAGACGUCAACUUAACAACAAUAGUACCAAUGAACGUGGAUAAAUCUGCCCAUCAAUCUAAGAAGCUUCAGGAUGAUGCACUUGAUAUUUUCAACAUGAAUAAGGAAUUAUUCAUGAAACUUUUGCGAGACCCAGUCUCUCCAUUGGUAUACCAUAUCAACAAACAACAAGCAGCAUCUAAGUUGAGAUCAAGAUAUGCCAAGUCUAUGUCGUUUCCUUGCUCUAGAACGAAGAGUGAAUUCAUGUCUGUUAGACAUGAUUCCAAACUAGAUUUAGAAACUCAUCCAAAUCCAAAAGAGGAUCCACAAGUUACCAAGAAAAUGCAGAUGUUGCCCAAGUUGCCGGAGUCAAGUUCUCUAGAUGAAAAAGGCGACAGGUCCAUUACACCAACUAUCAAAUCUCCUGAAGAGCAGGAUUUUCCAGAUCAUUACACUUGUUCUUGUUCUCCGAGAUCAAGGACUGGAAAAGGAAACGUAAUGGUGGUGAAACAUUUCAAAAAUCUCAAAAACAAAAUUAAAAAUGCCAUCCAAGAAAGUAGAAAGGAAACGCGUCGUCGAGUAACCAUGGAUGCACUUCUCCACAAAGUUCCUUACGGAAAGAAGUGCCCCAAGGAUGCGACUCAAAAAUUAUCAGACGUACAGACGAGCUUUCGUAGUAUGAGUAUGAGAAAGAGUGGAAGCAGAUCUACAUCUUUUGAUGGCUCUGUAGAUAGAUAUAAUCGGUUGUAUGAAUCUAGUUGCAGGAAGGACAUAACAAAUACUAAUUCUUCUGAAAUACAAAGAGAAGAAGAAAAGCCGAAAAGAGAGGAGACACCUUCACCAGGCCGUAAUACUAAAAAGAUCAGUUUGGAGAGGAUUACUUCUUUACCUGAUCUUAGAUCAUGCUACAAUCUGUUAAAUGAGUUGUCCCCUUAUGCAACAACCACCCCUCUGGAAAUGCCAAAUAAUAUGAAGGAUAAAAUGUUGGAAGGUGUUAAGAGACAUUCAAGACGUUUAACUCAAUUAGAUGUCUUUUCAGAGAAUGACUCUUCGGAGGCUGCUGGCAGACUUUCAAUUCCUGCCUAUGAAGUUCAAGUGCAAUCACUACCAUUGACAGUUGAAACCUUAGAAAGUGAAAACAGUCAUGAUCUUGGAAUAUCAGCCAUGGAAAAAGAUUCUAAACUGAAAAAUGAAACUGACACUGAACCGACUGCAGUUCCCCUGCUUGAGUAUCCUCAAGAUGAUGUAGUCUUCCCAUCAUCAAUGUAUUUACCUGAAGUUGAACUGGUAAAGACAGAUCUUCAAAUGGAUCCAGGAAGUUUAAUCUUCUCCGAAAAAGAAGAUUCUACAUCCAAUCAUCAAAACGAAGAUUCCCAAUUACAAUGGAAUAGUGAGACUUCAAACAUGCUUGUUAGCAGUAAUAACGACAUUUCCGAGUUCAAUUAUGUUAAAGAUGUGUUGGGCCGUUCUGGUCUUAGCAACAAUAACCUCUUAUGGACAUGUAAUUCCAAUGGUCAGCCAGUCAACCGUUCUGUCUACGAGGAAAUGGAAAAUGGGAGUCUUUCCAAUCCUACCUUUCAAGAAACUGAAAUAGACAACUGGGACCGUCUUCUUCUGUUUGAUAUAAUAAAUGAAGUCUUAUUAAAUAUUCACGAGAGAGUAUUCACCUAUUACCCAAGAAAUCUGACUUGGGUUACCCAGAUACGCCCUAUUCCAAUAGGACCGCAUGUCCUAGAAGAAGUGUGGACAGUUAUAAACUGGUAUUUGAGCUGGAAACCAGAAGCUGAUGCGUCGGUUGAUGAACCAAUUAGUCGGGAUAUGGGGAAGUUGGAUGGUUGGAUGAAUCUUCAAGUUGAUGCUGAAUGCUUAGGUCUGGAAUUGGAAGAUAUGAUAUUCGACGAUUUAAUGGACGAACUUGAAUUCGACUUGGAAUGGAAUUAUUAACUGUCAACUUCUUCAUCAGAAAAACACCCAACAAAAACAUUACUAUAUGAGUUAUGACAUUGUUUGUCAUGAGUUACUCAAAACAAGUAAAAAACAUCGUAAAAACGAGAUUUGCUCAAUGUGAGUUUAAUCCAUGUGGUGGUCAGAGGAGAUGAGAUCAAAACGGAUUGCAGCUCUUCUUGUGGCUCCUAAGGCCUGUCGGUCUCGCUUUCGAUCAUCAUAGUUGACUCGCAGAAAUUCUCUAUCUUUUUUAUUUGGAUAGCAUAGAAAACCUAAUAUUAGUGUUUAUCUUCUUUGUUGAGUAAUCAAAAUUUGUGG